CACUGAGCAGUUUGCACAUCUCCGUGUAGAUGAGCUGAGGACAACGCUUCCGGGUUUCUCUCUUUUGUUUCAUUUGAAGAUUCAUUUUUAUAAAGACGACUUCUCGUCAAACCUUUUGAUCAGCUGCUCUGACAUGGAGACAAGAAGCCGGCUCGCUGCUCUGUCGCUGCUUCUCUCCGCAGUGUUUUCCUCCUGUGUCCUUUUGAUAAACCCCAAAGAGAUUGAUCCGCUGCUGUAUGAGGAGCAGCUGCUGUGGGUGAGCGGGGCUCAGGGGGAGGUCAGCGCCUUCAGGAUCCCACUGCUCAGCUUCACCCCUAACGGAAGCCUGCUGGCCUUCACAGAGGGCAGGAAGUCCUCGUCCAGCGAUUAUGGAGCGAAGUUCAUCGCGAUGCGGCGGUCCACAGACAAAGGUUCCACCUGGUCCCCCACCACCUUCAUCGUGGACGACGGCAUGACGCCGGACGGCCUGAACCUGGGCUCGGUGGUGGUGGACGAGGAGGUGGGCUCGGUGAUCCUGGUCUACUCCAUCUGCUUCCACCUGUACCACUGCCACCCGGCCAGCACCAUGAUGGUGGAGAGCAGGGACGACGGCCUCAGCUGGGGCCCGCCCAGAAACCUCUCCGUCCAGCUCGGCGUCAAGAACUUCGCUCCCGGGCCGGGCUUUGGAAUCCAGAAGCACUUCCAGCCAGCUAAGGGGAGGUUAGUGGUGUGUGGUCACGGGACGCUGGAGGGAGACGGAGUGUUCUGCAUCCUGAGCGAUGACCACGGGAAGAAAUGGUACAACGGUGCCGCGCUGAAAAGCAUUCCUUACAACCAGAAGAAGAAAGCGCAGGACUUCAACCCUGACGAGUGCCAGCCGGUCGAGAUGACAGACGGCAGCAUUGUCAUCAAUGUGCGGAACCAGAACAACUAUCACUGUCAGUGUCGUCUGGUGGUCCGCAGCCUCGAUGGAGGAUUGUCUCUUCCUGUAGAAGAGCUCUACUUCGACUACACGCUGGUGGAUCCCGCUGUAGCGGCCGGAGCUCUGCAGAAAGACGGCGUGCUCUACUUCACCAACCCCGCCAACAAGCAACACAGAGUCAACCUGACUCUCCGCUGGUCUGUGACGGAUGGUAAAACAUGGGAUGAUAAAGCUGUGCAGAUAUGGGCGGGGCCAAGCGGUUACUCUUGCAUCACAUCACUGGACAGCGGUUCUGCAGAGGACCGGAAGUUCAUCUAUGUUAUCUACGAGAAGGGACACAAGGACUAUGUUGAGACUGUGUCGUUCGCAAAGAUCCACCUGUUUGGAGGGCAGUAGAGCUGGUGGAUCAUGGGAGGUUUGUCUCCCAGAUUCAGCUGAGUGGACGGAAAAGGGAAAUGGAAAGAUGCUCACUACUCCCACAACUUUCUCAGGAAGAUAAAAGACUUUUAAUCACUUUAUCACAUUGAACCAGGAAUGUCAAAUGUCAAUGUUUGUGAUCUGAAAAACUCAAAAGUUCUCCUUAAUUAAAUCACUGUCUUCCUACAGGUGAUUGAAUUGCAAAUAUCAUGUCUGUGUUUUUGCCCUAAUUGGUUAAUAAGAUGUGUUUGUCACACUCCCUGUUGGUAAGCAAAAAAAAAAAAA